UUCAAACAUUUUCAUCUCUUGUCGGUCAAUCACUAUCGUCAUAAAGCAGGCAAGCAGUAAAUGCAUGAUACAAGAUGGCGGGUGCCUCACAGGUAUCCGGAGUGGUGGUUCCCAGGAACUUUACCUUACUAGAUGAAUUAGAGGCUGGACAGAAAGGUGUUGGAGAUGGGACAAUCAGUUGGGGUCUUGUUGAUGAUGGCGACAUGACUAUGACAGACUGGCAGUGUGUAAUCAUUGGUCCUCCUAAGACAAGCUUUGAGAACAGAAUGUACCAGCUGCGAGUGCGAUGCGGAGAGUUAUAUCCUCAGAAAGCUCCUGAAGUCAGAUUUAUCACACGCAUCAAUAUGACGUAUGUCAGCAAAGAGUCAGGAGUUGUUGAUCCCAAGAAAGUAGACAGCAUAUGGCAUCAAAAAAAUUGUAGUAUAAAAUCCUUGUUACAGCACUUGAGAGAGAUGAUGAUGAUGAAAGAAAACCGCCUAGGCCAGCCAGCUGAGGGAACUAACUUUUAGGCAGUCAUUUAGCUUAUCCUUUAAUUAUUUUAAGAAGACUGAAUUGCAAAAGUGUAAUGUGACCAGCAGACUUGACCCUAGGAUCAGGAGCACAGAUUUACCUUCCCAAGCCCAUCAACAUCCAAUUGUGUAGAGAAGAGAACUGUUUGUCUUCAUUCCUUUUAGUUUCAAGCAAACACUUGUUUGGUUGUUUUUUUCCUGUUGUUGUUGUUCUUGGUUUGUAUUUGGCCUUCUUUGUUUAUGACUCUGCUUAUCCUGUGUUGGUUUCAUAAUCUUGUUCUUGUGGGUGGUUGCAGCGACUGGAACUGGUUGAAUGAGUGCAGUGAAAGAAUACUCUCGUGUGCGUUGUUUGCUGCGUGCAUGCACUGGAUUUAAGUUGGAAGGCAAUGCACAUAUGCCCCAAGGAUUUAUUUGAUUUGAAAGUGCGUUUCCAAUAUGACCCUGAAAUAAGCCACACAGCUUUUGAUCGUAGUGAAGAACUCUGUGUAAGGCAUUGGCACAAUUUUUGCAGUCUAUGGAUGGAGGCCAUUAUGCCAUUUAUGGUUAGUCAGGUUUCUGGUUCUGGAGAAAAAUAAAUGAGAGAACAGGUAGCAGAAGAGGUUUUCAUUAUAUAAUAUUUUUUUUUAAAGAGAAAGGAACAAUCAGGUGGUGUAAUGAAGUAUCCUGUUCAUUGAUGAUUUUACUUUUUCUUUUGAUGUGGGAUACCAUGUGCAGGGGAUCACUCAUUGUGGCGGAAAGAGGAGCCAUUUAAAAAAAUUGUGGCCUUGAAGUGAGAUCAAAUAUGAUAUGAUUUGGGGUUUUCUGUGUUUGUUUGGGUUUUUUUGGCGGCACAAGUUGUCAAGCAUGUUUGAAUUAUUUUAUUUUUAAAAAUAGAAAGUUGACUGUCUAUUAUUCUUUUGACUGUAAACGGUUAAAGAACAUUGUUUGUUUAGUGUUGAAGAUGUGUGAAAAAUUACAUGCAGUGGUGUUUUAAGUUCUCCAACUUAUUCUGAUAAACUGUUAUUAUAAUAGAAACCGUUUUAUUGUUAUAUUUUCUUCUCGUUGGAAUGUCAGAAAUUUGGAAUUGAAGGCAAUGCAUUUUCUCGGCUUAUGCCAUUUUUCAGGUGCGGCAUUCAGUUUCUAAAAUAAUUGUAAGGAUUUCUCACUCCACAAGCUAUGCAUUUUGUGAGGACUUGCUGAUGUCUUGUUAGAUACAAAACUUUUUGUUUAUAAUUGUUGUAACAUUUAUUUUUUUUGUUCCAACGACAUGGUUGUACUGUGAACAGUACUACAGAAAAAAAAGGCUCAUAGGUUAUGGCCACAGUUAAGUGUACAUUAUUAAUUGUCUGUUCAGUUGAAUUCCCUGUGUAGUAGUAACUUUCUUACUCCCAUAAGUUUGGAACAAUGACAUGUUGCUUGUUUUUGUUGUUUUUUCUUGCAUCUGGUGAUGCUCUAAUAGGAGAAGUGAGUCUUUAUGGUGUUGUUUUGAAAAGAAUUAUUGUCAAUCAUAGCUGUAGUGUUAAAGUUAUGAAGGCGUCAUUUCUCCCCCGCCAUCUCCCUUUUAUUAUGUUUUUUCUUUUCUUCUUUUUUUUUUGAGAAAGCUGUCAGAAUUCCUGUUAUCUUUGAGAUUUGCUAACCCCUGAAAAGAAACUAUGAACCCUAAGAAAGUAUUGUUCACGAGGUGCUCAUUUUGAUUGAAUUAGCAGAGAUAAAAUACAUCAACCACAUGCUGUUUAGUGUUUGAUUUUGGAGUGAGGGAGGGUUUGUGAAUGUAUACUAACCAAGUAUGUUACAGUGUGAAGUAAGUGCACUUUUAUUUCAAGUGUGCUUUGAAACAAGUUGGAGCAAUACCACUGUUCGUGUUUGAGUUUAAAUGAGACAGGAAAUAUGAUGAUAUUUUUCAGUUGUCAUAACAAUAGUCGGACUCUCUUUUGCUCCUCUUUAUAGAACAAUUUUGUGUUCAAGGCUGUCUUUAAAAAAAAAAGUCUUUGUUCAAUUAAGUAACUGAGUAUUUGUUCCAGUUUGCCAGACUAUUUUUGUUUUCCCCCCACCCUCAUAAUGAAUGUCUCUGCUUGGGCCAGGUGGUUGAAAUGUGUAAAAUACUUACGCGCUAUUUUGAAUUGUUUGCACAUUUUAUGUACCAAUAAAUCAUUAACACAAA